AUGGAAUGGACUUUUCGCAUCUUUUCCCAACAUUUUUGGACAGGUCGUGCUCAGCGGCUCGUGACCAAACUGCUGUGGCGGACGGCCUUCCUCAAGCGCUGCACUGAAGUCCUGGGCUCUCAGCGCUCGCCAGAGAUGUCCUUGAAACUCUUGGAGCUGGUGGCACGAAUGUUUGCAGAGGAGCUCCUGGGCUCCGCCAGUAUCAGCUGUGGAGUAGCAAGGCCCAACCACAAAGGCGACGUGGAUGGCAUGCUCUUGGAUGCCCUGGUGGCACAUAUCGACCAUCAAUGCCGAAGUGAGGCGCCUGGUGUGCUGCUGCUCUUCCAGCUGUUAGAAAACAUCUUGGAAGCCUGUGGAGCAGCACCUGAUGUGCGCGAAGCUCUUUGCAGGAGGAUCCAGUCGUCAAAAGCCAUCGUCUCAGCCCUUGUUUCCAGCAUGACGCUGGAGACAGAAAUGGACAUCUCGGAAGAAUCCGGUGCGUUGCUGCUGCGUUUGUUGGAGCGUGGGGGUCAUGAAUUCCUCGCCCCUCUGGCGCAAAACUGUGGACGCAUUGCACGCGCUUUGGCGGAAGCAAAGCCAAGCAGCCAGCGGGGAACCACCUUGCUAGCUCUCUACAGGAUGUGUGCCUUGCACCAGUCGCUCCUUAGUGCUUUGCUCCUCUCUGGGGACGUGACCUCGGAUGCUGAGUCCAUUGCAGUGGGUCUGAGUCGACACCUCGCCUCCAGCGAGGGAGCCUUGAUGGCAGCAGCUGCUGAGUUGGUUGAGGACCUGGGUGCCAUCUUCAUAGGUGAGGAUGUUCAGGUGGAGGGCUGGCUGAGAAAGGCUCAGCUCGCGCAGUGGUUGAUCGAAUGCUUGCGCCGGGGCGACCUGUCCGCCCGCUGCGCGGCCUGUCGCGCGCUGCGCGGCCAGCUCCCAUUGGAUGAUCAGCUCAGACCGCUGCAUGCCGUGGCAGCAGAUGCCCUGAUGGACGCCUGUGGCGACGCCUUGUCCCUGGCCUCCUCGGGCGCGGAGCGGCAGCAGCUGCUCCAAGCAGCCGCGGAAGCGCUGGAGCGGCUCAAUCGGGAAGAGACCUGUGGUCUCUUCGCACCACAGAAACUGAUUCCUUUGCUGCGAGCGGCAAAGGAUCUAUCGCAGGAAGGCAGCCUGUCUUUAGACGAUUGCCUCGCACCAGUCUGUUUCUGCAUGCAGCGGCCCAUGGACGUGCACCAGCUGCCGCAGCAUUUCUACGAACUCUUCGAGGUGGCCAUUGAGUUGGCCGCGCAGCAGGACUUGAAGGGUCACAGUUUCGUUUCAGAGAUGCUCAGCCAGCUGAUGGUCAUGCUUUGCAACGCCUCGUGGAUGCAUGUUUCGGCUUCAAGCAACUUCACACAUUUGACGGAGAGGGAAGGGCACCUGGGAGACAUUGCGCUGCUCAUCCACUUUGCGCAGAAGCUGGGAGGUAUUGCAAAGAACUGGCCCUUGCCGGAUUUGGUGGUCUCCCUGGCUGCGGCUUUGUGGCCUGUGUUGGACAACUCAGCAAACUUCAACGCGGAGCAGGUCAUUUCCUUGAAGAACUGCUGCUUGCAGCUGAGUUUUUUAGUGCCGCAGCUUUUCGAUGUGCCACUGUUCGAGGAGCUGCAAGGAGCCGAGGUUGUUUUGAACGACAAUCAAUCGGCAGGCCAGCUACUCUCAGUGUUGCUGGUCCCCUAUUUGAUGGUCGAUGGCACGUCACUAUCCUUGCUGGUGCCAAGCCAUGAGCUCUUCAGCAGCUGCCAGUUGCUGCUGGAUGGGCUCCCAUUUCCUCCGCCGAACGACGGCAACGAAGCCGUUGUGCUGGGCGCUCUGCUGGCGGCCGCUGAGAGUUCCGCCUCGCUUGGAGAGAUGGCCCUGGAGAGGUUGGUGGCAGGUGACCUUCCAUUGCUGCCCUUGAGAUCUGUGGUUUCUUUGACUUGUGCAGUGUGCCGCGUCACCGCGGCCAGCACCUCCCCCCAUACGGCACGGCUGCGGUCAUCCCAAAUUGCCACGGCCGCGGCAACGCUGCGGCGCGGCGCGGCGCGGAGCAUGCAGGGAGCGAGGGCCCAAGAGGAAUGGCGGCAGCUGAAAGUGCCUGGGGACCAGCGAGAUGCCAUUCAUCAGGGGCCGGCGAAUCUGACGACCGCCUUGGGGUUUCUAUUGGCGUCGGCAGAGGACAUGGAGGAGGCACGGGACAUUCUCCUUGGGGCAGUGGUGUUGGAGGAUGCCACUGGGAUGAUUCAGGCGGAUGGUUCUCGUGGAGACUGGCAGUGGCUGGCAGAUUGUCUCCCUUCACCCAGAUGGAUGGCACAAAAUGUCGAGGUUUUGUUGGGGCAUGCUUUACAGGAGGAUGUCGCCUGUGGGAUGCUCACGCUGAUGUCCUCCUGUCUGACGGACUCCAAGGCGGCCGCGCUCAUGGCCAGUAACCAUGCCAUUGCGGGGCUGGCCAUGCGAUGGCAGCGGUCAGCUGAACAUCAUGGUACUUCAGAGUUGGUGAAAUGCAUCGGGCUCUUCAUGCUGCAACAGUUGGCUGCUACACCCGGUGAUGCGCUGCAGCACAGUCCAUUGCUCGCCCUGCUGGCGGAGACGUUGCAGUGCAACCCUUCAGCUGCUCUUGUGCCAGAACUUGCUGUUUUGGCCUUCUACAGAGCCUGGGAUGUGCCCAAACUACGGCAAGAUGAGAAAGGACCAGCAACUCUCAGUGGACCGAGGCUAAAUCCAGCGCUACUCGAUCGAUUGGAGCGCGCCGUGGAGCAGGAUUCAAUGGACACAUCGACAAAUGGGAUUUGCGACAGCACCAUUGCUUGGGCACUGGUUACUUCAAGUCUGCUAUUGACCGGUUCCCCAUUGCCGACCUCGACCGUGAAACCGAGCCAUAGCCGCUGCGAGGAUGCAUCUUCGACAGCUUUCAGGCUCCUGGCAGUGUCCUGUGCCUAUUUGCGAUGCCCCCUGGUGGUCGAGCAACGGGCACAUGAUGCACAGAGCCUGGCCGUGUUGGUCCGAGGCUGCUCUGACCUACUCUUCAGCGAUGGUGAUGAUGCCAGCGAUUGGAAUGCACGGGUGACAGAUGCUGCUGCGCUGGCAGUACUUGGACUUCUUUCCUCGGUGCAACCUUUGACGGCCUCGGAGACACUACACUCAGAACGGGUGUCAAAAAGCUUGCACGCCGCUGUGGAACGACUGCUGCUGCUUGUAGAGCUUGGAGAAGGAGGAACCGCAGAGGAGCCAGGUGUUCCAGAGGAGAGGCUUCAGAGGUGCUUCACCGGGCCAUGCCUCUUGUUGCUCAUCCUCCUACUGCGGUCGGAGACAGGUUGGUUGAAGGACUCUGACAUUUCCAGGAUCCGGCCGUUUGUACGCACACUGGCACGGUCUAAGAGCUGCAUGGGAGCGCAGCGUUUGCUGCUACUUCGUUUGGCUGAAGAAUUGGUGAUCUUCCAGAAUGUGAGUGGUGGCUCCGAGUGCCACCAGGUGGUGCUGAAGCAGUUGUUGGCCGAGCAAAGGCUCUGGGAUUUGGCCACACAGGAACUCAGAGAACUUGCCUGCCAGACCCUCGAGGCGGUGGCGCCUGUUGGAGAUGUGGUGAAUGGCUUCGAUGAGAUGGUCAUCUCUGAAGAUUCUGAUGAGGAGUUGGAUCUCAUGUCGCUGCAGCAGCAAGCGCGAAAAUGGCGCAUGGCGGAAGGAAGUCGCCUGCCAAAGUUCCGCUCCGUCAGCGACGGCUUCCAGCAGCUUCACCUGGCCCUGUGCCGUCGGCUCUGCGCCACGUUGGCACUGCCAGGCCUUGGGAUCCUCGACACGCGGCAGAUGAACACACGUGACCUACGGCGACCUACGGUGACCUACGGUGACCAACUCGGUAAUGGUUGGCCAUUGCCAGAUGAGGAGCACAUGGAACCACCACGGCUGCUAAGAAUUCACAGUGAAAGUGGCUUCAACCUCCAACCGUGGACACGGGAGCGCUUGCGUUUGAUCUCGCAAAUGUCCCAGCAGAAGCAGGAGCUGAACAAAGCACAAAGAGAUUUGGUUCAGCUGCAGGAGGCUGGACGUGACCUGCAGGCAUCUGCGGAGCGAGUUGCUCAGCAUGCCAUGCAAGCCCAGUUGGUCGCGCAGAUGGAUCCCAGACCUGGCAUUGCCCAAGAGCUCGUUGAGGUCAAGAGCCGCGGACUUGAAAUGGAGCAAGAAGCCUUGCGUGCCAAGCAGGAGCUGGUCAAAACUCGUGAAGAGCUGGUUGAGAUGCGACAGGCUGGCGACUCCCUGCAGGCAGCAGUGGAAGGAAUUCUGCAGAUGUGCCAGAUUCUGCAAGAAUUUACUUCACCUUUCAGGUCUGCAGAUGAUGCAUGA